CUUCCUCUUUCUAAGAGUUUAAAAUGUAGCCGUCAGGAGGACGUCAAAGCUAAAGCGUCGUUCCUUCCUCAAUUUAAACUCUUCAUUUGACUUUUGAUUUGCGGCGCGACUUUGUGUGCAGACUUCACAACCUUUUCAAACAAACUUCAUCUUUCCCAGCGGAGUUCGUAUGUGUCUGUAUACGACUUACGAAGAUAGCGUUACGAAUUAAGGAUAUUUGACGUACAAAGAUUUUACACGAUGGCUUUAAAGUUUUGCGAUGCCUUUUGGGGUGCUGACUUUACUGACCAAUCAGGUUAUGAAGCCAUUUUGCAGAGGUUACAGGAUGGCAGACACAUGUGCAAAGAUGUGGAAGAGCUGUUUAAAAUGAGAGCAAUGGCUGAGGAGAGGUACGGAAGAGAGCUGGUAGCCAUUGCUCGGAAAGCAGAAGGUCUAACUGAGAUUGGAACAUUAAAAGCAUCAUUUGACAAGAUGAAAGCUGAGAUUGAAAAGACAGGAAAUCUGCACAUCCAACUAUCUGAAAAGAUACGGGAGGACGUCCAGAAAGUCGAGGCGUUUCGAGAACACCAGAGGGAACAGAGAAAAAAGCUUGAAGAGAUUAUUGAAAAACUUCAGAAGUCUAAAGUGGCAUUGCACAAGAAGACCAUGGAGUCAAAAAGGUUACAUGAGCAGAGAUGUAAAGAGGCCGAUGAAGCUGAGCAAGCAAUAGGGAAGAAGACAAAUGUGAACACCUCCACCCACCGGCAAUCAGAAAAGGUGCUGAACAGGGCCCGGAUAUGCAGGCAAUCAGCCAAUCUUGCAGAAAAACAGUACACAUGGAAUGCUGAACAGCUACAAAAAUCUCUUCAGGACUGGGAAAGCACAUACAGGAGUGCGUGUGAGGUGUUUCAACAGCAGGAGUCUGAACGCAUUAAUAUCUUACGCUGUGUGUUAUGGGAUCACUGCAAUCUGCUGUCUGUGCAGUGUGUGAAUGACGAUGAGUGCUAUGAAGAAGUAAGGAAGGUUUUAGAGUUGUGUGACAUCAUUGCUGACAACAACUGCUUCAUUGAGAUGAAAAAGACGAGCUGUCGUCCACCAGCACCCACUGAGUUUCAGUGUUACAGCGAAGUGAAUUCUAAUCAAAGUGCCAGGAGGCUUGAAACAAACAGGUUAUCUGUCAUGCUGCCGAUUAGGGUGCCCUUUUGUGGAAACCUAGAAGGAGGCAGGAAUUCGGGUGGACCCUUUACACCUGCUGAAGAAAGAGGAGGCAUAUCUGAGAAGUACAUGGUGUUGUAUAAUUUUAGAGCUCAGGAAGCAGAUGAGCUGUCUAUAAGUAAAGGAGACAUUGUCACAGUAACUGAGCAAGGUGAAGAUGGGUGGUGGACAGCAUGGAAAAAUGGCUUAUGUGGGAUGGUCCCUGGAACUUACUUGACCAAAAUCUCACAGCAAAAUAGAGAUCCUCCCUCUCCUCAUACUGAAUGCCUUCCCAUCAAGUUGAAUUAAGCAGAUAUGGAUAUGGAACUAAUAUGAAUUGAGUCCGUACACUAAAACUAAAGAUUACGUCCAUGUGAUGUAAAAGAAAACGUGACUCAAUGGACCAGCCUACCUUAUUCCACUGCUCUGUGCUCCAUUUCCAUGCCCAUUGUAAGCACUUUUAAUGCUGGAAAGAGGUGUCAUGAUACUCACUCUGACCGGUUUGCAGCUACGCAGCCCUACAGUAUAUGAAAUGUGCUGUUGUGAAACAUGCCUCACACAAUCAGCAUUAAAUUUUUGUGUUGUUUGUGGAAUAAUAGACCUGCUGUUGGUUUACGCCAUGUGGGACCAUGUGUGGUUUCGGUCUUUUCUGACCCAGUCGCCUUGCUAUAACAGUUUGCCUCUUAUUAAAGUUGCAAAUCAGAUCUUCAUUUCCGUCCAUUCCACUGCAUUCAAUCACAAUUACAAGAACUGAUUAUUUGCUUACCAUCUGAUCUACAUAGAUUUAAAUAUGUGGCCUUGUUAGGAAAUGACCAGCGAUAUUCCUGUCACCUGUAUUUGUUCAUAAUAUUUUAUCUCAUCAGUGUAUAUUUGUAUUAUUGAUAUACAAAAAUUGUAUAGAAUCAGAAACAAUACAAAGCCAUUAGUCUGACGGUUGAAUUCAAUGCUUACAAUAGAUAAAAUUACCUUUAUGAAUGUU